AUGACGGAAGGUAAUCAGACCGUGCCCCUCAAGGAAUUCCAUCUUUUCCCGAAUCUUCUGAAGGAACUUCGAUGUCAGAUCUGGUCUAUGGUCCCACGUUGUGGCCGAAUCAUUCAGGUUCAUUUUCUCUUCGAUGAAAACGAAUGGGGAGCAGAAACCGACAGUGCCACGUUGUUGGACUUGGUCCCUACGUUGGUUGUGUCCAGAGAGGCCCGAAAUGAAACGAUGCGAGCCUACACAAAAGCGUUUGGCACAAUCAUCGACUUGGAAAAAGACACUCUCUUCAUCAGCGACUGUAUGUUUACUUAUCGAAAGACGGGUCGGAUGUUGCUGGAUAUGGAAUAUAUCGGGCAAGUGCGAAACCUUGCUUUACGUGAAGAUGUUGUUGGAAUGUUGCUAUAUUUGGAGUGGGCGACACACUGUGUGGAUCUUUUUGAUACCUUAGUCCAGGUGUUGUCAAAAUUCAAAAAGCUUGGACACUUUUCAAUUGUGUUGACACCAGCCGACAAUAUCUCUGCUUGCAGCGAUAAUUUCGGGGUGGAGGCGGAAUAUAUGACACGCGGGCCUGUGGAGGAUGACCAGUGGUACGAGGAAUUUGAUGAGUUGGAUGAUAUUGACGGCCAGUCGGAUGAUGUUAUACAUGAUGAAGAUUAUUGGCUCUAUCUCUUUGACGAUGAAAACUAUGUUGAGCUCGAUGAACCAUCUCUAGAAGCACUCAAAAGGUACCAUGUUAAGAUUGAGAAGCGUAUCUUUAAGCUCCACAAGCGGGACUCCGAGAGAGCUAGUACAGAGCUUCGGCAUACUCGUAGACUAAUUUACCCUCCAAAAGCAUACCAAUACGACGGCCGAAAGAGCCAGGGGCCUCGCUCCCUAAGGCUCUUGAUACGCAAACUAUUUCAACAUGGAAAGAGGAAAUUUCCACAAUGGAUGCAGCCAUCUCUCAGUUUGACAAUUGUACAACCUGGUCAGAAUACUAUCGAUGAUACGCCUCCGCUCUUUCACUAUCUGGGGGACCAUGAUGAUAAAGUCGCAGAGAAAAUACCCAAUGUAUGA